CGGCUCCUGCAUUAUGUUAAUGUGAAUAGCUCAUUGGUCAUUUAUAGUCCUGAGUAGAUCAUUUUUUACUUCUUCUCUAGUAAAUUAUUGAAUUUCUCUGAAGCAAUUUUUCGUUAAUUGAUUUUCAAUACCGUACCCAGUGAAUUUUUAAUGGAAUAAUUGAGCUUAUAACCUCACAUUGCAGCUUGCACUAUGACUUUUUUUGAAUGGCGUCGCUUCAAUUUUUUUGAUUUAGAAAAAGAGGUAGACUCUGGAAAAAUUGCUGAGGUCCUUGCAGGAGCCCAAGUUGUAGCAGCUACAAGUGGUAAUGGACUACUAGUUUUUGCUGAUAGUACAGGCAGUAUUCAUCUUGUAAACAGGCAUUUUAAUGUAGUCACGUUUAGAGCCUAUGAAGCUACUGUAACAGCUGCUCAGCAAGCACAAAAUUCAACAUUUCUGUUUACAAUUGGAGAGGAUGAUCCUGGAUGUAAUCCAACCAUCAAAGUUUGGAAUUUAGCUGUAAGAGACAAACAAGACUGUCCUCUGUGUGUUCGCAUUAGCAGAGCUAUACCCAGUUAUAAGGCAGUGCCUGUCAGUGCACUGUGCAUCCAUUCAAGCUUAACAUUAAUGGCUGUUGGUUUUGAGGAUGGAUCCGUCAUGCUUUAUAGAUUUAUAAUUUCCGUUGGAGAAAACUCAAUGACAAUUAAAUGUGUGGCUUGUCAUAUUCAAAUCGAACAUUUCAUUGGAGGUACAAAAAAAAUAUUGGAUACAGAAGAACUGGCAAAUCAGUUCUCCGAUUAUUUAAAAAAAAAUAUUGUGAUUAAUGAUUUGAUUAGCCCAAAAUGUAAUAAGGGAGACCGGGGUAAUCGUGGCCACCUAGGUAAACAGGCCACUGGAUAUAUUCAACCAUUUAAUUGA